CCGACCGUUGGGAUUUUAGGGCAAGGAGCGCGCCAGGGCAAAGUGUUCUUCGCCAUGGCGGCGGCGGUCGCCAUGCAUUCGGCGCUCACCAGCAGCAGCGGCGGCGGCGGCGGCGUCACGGCCAGAUCCGCGUCUCACAGGUUCGCAAGGCAGCAGAAUUUGAUCCUGGGCAGCCGCAGCGCAGUGCCUAGGUCCAGGGAUCGCCGAUCGACGCCAGUAGUCUUCACAUCCAGGACGACGACCGUGAUCCCCACCACAGGCAUCGAGAUCGAGGGCGCGCUCAAUGGGAUCCUUGAGGAGCUGGGCAUUGGCGAUCGAGGAGGCGAGGCACAGGUGGACGCCGGCGGCGGCGAUGGUGGAAACAAGGGCAACGGCAGAGGAGGAGGAGGCGGCGGCGGCGGCGGCGGUGGCGGCGACGAGAAUGGAUGGAGUGGAAGCUCUGAUCCCGGCGGCGACGAUCCCUCCUCUUCCUCUUCCUCCGGCAACUUCCUCUUUGGAUUGUGGGAGGCUUUUGCUCGCGGGUGGCGAUCGCGAGUGAGGAGCGAUCCACAGUUCCCUUUCAAGGUCCUGACCGAGGAGGUGAUCGGAGUGGGGGCGUGUGUUCUUGGCGACAUGGCCUCGCGACCAAACUUUGGCCUGGGCGAGCUCGACUUCGUCUUCUCCACGGUGGUGGUGGGGAGCAUCCUCAACUUCACGCUCAUGUACAUGCUAGCGCCAACCUCGGCUGGAGCGGACAUCUCCCGCCUCCCAAGCGUCUUCGCGAGCUGCCCUCCGGGACAUAUGUUCGAGCCGGGCGCGUACACUCUCCUGGAUCGCUUUGGAACUCUGGUGUACAAGGGCGUGGCGUUCGCUGGCGCUGGAUUCCUGGCCGGGCUGGUGGGCACUGCCGUGUCCAAGGUGCUGCUGGACGCGAGGAAGAGAGUCGAUCCGAGCUUCCAGCUCCAGAACAAGCCGCCGCCGACGCUGCUCAAUGCCGCGACCUGGGCUCUACACAUGGGAGUGAGCAGCAAUCUCAGGUACCAGGCGCUCAAUGGAUUGGAGUACUUUGCUGCGGGAGUGAUGAGUCCGGCGGUGUUCAAGACGUCCGUGUUUGCGGUCCGGGCCGCCAACAAUGUUCUUGGAGGAACUUCGUUUGUGACCCUGGCGAGGUUGACGGGGUCGCAGAGGGCCGAGGAGGCGGCGGCUGUGGCGGCGAAGAAGAUCGAGAGCGAGGAGGAUGAAGCUUGUAAGAACAAGGAAGGAGUGGUGUGUGAGAAGAGUAGUGGUAGUGAGAUCCAAGCGAGAGAGACCACGGUGUAGAGAUCGCCAAAGUGGCCAAAGUGGAAUAACACUGGUUGUGUACAACCAUCAAACAUACUCUAUCCUAUAAAAUUAUUAGC